AUCUUCAAAGAUUCUUACAUCUCAAAAGAUUCAUAAAUUUCAAAAGAUUCAUAAAUCUCGAAAGAUUCAUGAAUCUUGAAAGAUUCUGGAAUCUCGCAAGUUUCUGGAAUCUCAAAAGAUUCUUAUAUAACGAAAGAAUAACGAACUGCUAGGGAUUCAUAAAUCUCUAAAUAAAUAGCUUUUUAUUAUUCUUCUUUGCGUAACAAUCUACGUUGUCAUACCAGCCUAUGCAUGCUUUCGAGGCUUCUUGGAAAGUACCACGCAGCUGGAUAGUUUGUUUUGCUACGGUGAGACGGUCCAUGCGAGACUUGAACCCACAACGGGCAAGUUUUAGGUGGGAUUGGGCAGAUUCAAUAUUUUGAAAAUCAUACAUCUCUAAAGAUUCAUGAAUCCCUGGAGAUACAUACAUCUUAAUAGAGAUACAUGAAUCCUUGGAGAGAGAGAAUCACGAAUCUUUUGAAAUUCGUGAAUCUUUGGAUAUUCGAUUCGAGAUCACUCUUUAAGAUUCAUGUUGACACGCCAAAAUAUAAACAGUGCAAAGGUUGGGAUAAACAGAGGUGCGUUAAUCGAUCUGAGCGCAAUCGAUCACCACUGCUAUAAAACGCGAGCAGGAUAGACGAUCGGGCGAGAGAGAGAGAGAACAAUCGUUCUAAGCGGUCAGGGUUCGUGUGCCAGGUCAACGGUCGAGGAUCGGGAAUCGGGAGAGCGCGCGAGAAAUCUUGACCAAAUAAGGGCAUGUGCAACAGAAGCGAUUUAUUAAUCAAAGUGUGAAGAUCCAAAUUGUAAAAAAGUGUGAAUAAUUUUGAAUCAAUUAAAAUAAAUAUAAUUUCAAAUCCACGCUAUACAAAGGUCUUGUUAUCGCUUCCACAAGCUUUUUUACAAUUUAAAAGUUUUUCUUUUAAUAUCAACCAAAUUAAAAGUUCGUGAAAGUGUUCAACGCAGAAAAAUGCCGAAGCCAAAGUUCGACUGUGUCGGUUGUGACCGCGAAAACGCGGUAUCGGAUAUGGUGCGAUGUGACGCGUGCUCUAAGUGGUGGCACUUCGAUUGCGCUGGUGUUUCCAAGGAGGUGAAGUACGUGAAGUGGGUGUGUGAACGGUGUGAAAGCGGCGAAAAGGACGAGGCAGCCAAGGUGAAAGGCCACGAGAUGAGUGGCAAACCUAGUAGGGCUACUCGUGGGAAGGCCCAAUCUCAGGAUGGCGAUACAUCCAAAACCCGUUUAGAGAAACCCGUAGAAGUACCUUUGCAGCAGAAACCAGCGGACCAAAAGUUAGCCUCAUCAAAAGUGUCCUUAGUCGCAACUCCGGACAUAGUUAUGGCUCAGCGAAGCGUUAGGAGCGAAACGGGUACUGCGCCGACAAAUACGGCGCAUGUGGAAAAGAACAGAAUGGCGCCCAGUCUGAUCGAAGGUUUUAGCUCUCGAUGCGAAAUAAACCCCAACCAAAAGGAUAGUGCAUCGCACGUUUCUCGCAGAAGUAAAAGCUCUGUGGCAACGACACUGAAGCUAGAACGUUUAGCUAAAGAGCGAAGGUUGGAAGUCGAAGCGCUUCAAACUGAAAUGAGUAAAAGAAUCGCGAAAUUGAAUUCGGAUUACGAAGCGAUGAAGCAACAGAUUGAGGAUGGCAGUGUUGGCAAGAGAAGUGGCCGCAGCGUUAGUGAAACAUCACAAGUCGUUGAUUGGUUAACCAGUGACCAUAAGCGAAAAGUAUUUCCUAACCCCUGCACAAGUACCGCGGAAGAACGUGAGAGUGCGAGGCGAUUGUGGGGUAGAAAGCUACCAGCGUUUUCCGGUUCGAUAAAACAGUGGCCUGUGUUCUAUAGCUACUACAAUCGGUCAACCGAGGCGUGUGGUUUUACUUCGGUCGAAAACAUCAUCCGGCUUGAAGAAGCGCUUACCGGACCAGCAAGAGAAGUGGUGGAAUCCAAGUUCACCUCUCCAGAUGCAGCCCCCCAGGUCAUGAAGUUGCUGAAGCAGUUGUAUGGACGACCAGGACUUUUAGUAAAAGAAUUGAUCGAGCAGGCACGGCAAAUCGAGAACCCGAAACCAGAGCGCUUGGACCAAUUGAUAUCCUUUGGUAUAGCAGUCCAAAAGUUAUGCGAUCAUUUGACGGCCAACGAAAUGGAAGAUCAUUUCUCUAAUCCGGAACUGCUGGAAGAACUGGUAAGAAAACUGCCGGCCAACAGAGCCUUGGAGUGGGUGCGAUUCAAAAGGAACUUCGUUAAACCAACGCUAAAGGAAUUCUGCGCUUUCAUGGAAGAGCUGACUGAAGACUGUUGUGAAUUAACAGUGCCUGCUAAUGUAGAAGCUCUUCGUGCGCCACCAAGAAACAUUCGAGGUCAUUCCUUCCUGCACGUGUCCAAUGCGGUUGAAUCCGCAAGUAGAGUAAACACGAACGGCCAAAAUUCUCAUCAUGCGCAAGCUACACCAUCGCGAACGAGUGUGAAGUGCUAUGUAUGUGAAGAUCCAAUGCAUCGCGUCCGUCAAUGUGGAGUCUUCAGAGCCAUGACGGUUACAGAUCGUCAUGCUACAGUCAGUAGGUUGCAACUUUGCGCGAAUUGCCUGGGCAGUCAUGGAACGAGACCAUGCAAAUCUACGUUCGUCUGUAGAGUGGUGGGAUGCGGUAUUCGGCAUCAUACACUGCUCCAUCAAGAACCAUCCGCUUCCACGUCAAGUGCGCAGUGUUAUGCUCACGUAGAGAAAUCGACGACGACGCUAUUUCGAAUAGUUCCGGUGACUGUUUAUCAUGGCCAACGCAGUAUCGACACGUAUGCUUUCUUGGAUGAAGGAUCUUCUCUGACACUGGUGGAAACGUCGCUAGCCCAACAGUUAGGACUUGAAGGUGUUCGUGAUCCUCUAGAGCUGUGCUGGACUGGCAAUUACUGCAGGAGAGAGGAAUCAUCGCAACGUGUGCAGCUGGAGAUAUCGGCCAGGGGCGGUGAGCGGCGCUACUCUAUAGCGGCCGCUCACACCAUAAAUCAGCUAAGUUUACCGACUCAGUCAAUUGACACUUCACUGAUAUUGAAUUUGAAUUACUUCCAGGAACUUCCGGCGAUACAGUAUCGUAACGCAGUACCUCAACUGCUGAUUGGGCUGCAAGACGUGUCGCUGAUGAAGCCACUGGAAGUGCGAUCGGGCCAGGAAGGUCAACCAAUUGCUGUGCGAAGUCUACUAGGCUGGUCGAUUUAUGGUCCAAAAAGCAUCGACGGAUCGACAGCAGCAACGCCAUUCCCGGUCCACCGUCACGAAAGAAUAUCGAGUGUAGAUGAAACUGUGCAACAUCCGAACAGUAUGGAUCGACAAGGGCUACUUGAAGUGAACAUCGCGCAGAACAUCGCAGCAGUUGCGGAAGAUAGUUCAGCCGAGAGCAGCAAUGUAAACGCUGAUCAGACGACUCAUGAAAUGCUACGCUAGUAUUUCACUCUCGAAGACUACAACCGAACAGCAUGCUGAGCGUUUCACUACCGGCUUAUUGUGGGCAGAAGAUGAGGUAUGUUUCCCAGAUAGCCUUCCUAUGGCUAAGAAACGUCUAUUGGCAUUAGAACGCAAGCUGGAAAAAGAUAUACCCCUAAAAGAAGAAGUCCAUAAUCAGAUAAGAAUGUACGUGGAGAAGGGAUUUGCGCAUGAAGCAUCUAACGAGGAGGUGCUUGAAGCCCCUCCUGGUCGUGCAUGGUACUUACCAAUAAACGUCGUUGGCCACCCUCGCAAACCGGAGAAGAAAAGACUAGUGUGGGAUGCAGCUGCUAAAGUAAACGGGGUAUCUCUGAAUUCAAAGCUGCUGAAAGGCCCAGACUUACUAGUUUAGCUUCCUGGAGUGCUGUGCAAAUUCAGACAGAGACGUGUCGCCUUUGGAGGUGAUAUUGAAAAGAUGUUCCAUCAAAUACGGAUAAGAAAGCCCGACACACACUCUCAACGAUUUCUUUUUCGAUUCGAUCCGAGCGAAAGUCCCAAAACAUACAUCAUGGAUGUCGCUACGUUUGGCGCAACUUGCUCACCGUGUUCUGCUCAGUACGUUAUGCACGUGAAUGCUGACCAAUACAAAGAGACGUACCCAGAAGCUGCUGCUGCAAUCAAGCAGAAAACCUACAUGGAUGAUUAUUUUGAUAGCUGCGACACCGUAGAAGAAGCAAAUGCAAGAGCACGACAAGUCCACUUUAUACAUACCAAAGCCGGUUUUAAUAUGCGCAAUUGGAUGAGUAACGAGUCAACAGCCCUUGUAGGUCUGGAAAAAGCUAACAGAAUCCAACACAAGGCGAUAGAACUGGAACAAAAAGAACAAUUUCCGAGAGUUCUAGGUCUCA